AUGAACGACCUCAUCAACUCCCUCGCACCGAUCAAUGCUCUACCGGUAGAGAUCUUGACAGAAAUUCUCCAAAACGUCCAGGCGUGCCAUUUCCGCGACCUUGGACAACACUCGUUGGCACUCAGCCGCUGGAUCGCUGUCUCAUCGGUUUGCGUCUACUGGAGAACUCUUGUAGUAUCCAACCCGUUAUUCUGGCGCUCCAUCGCGGUCCAACGAGCACCAGAGCUCCUAACCCUCUCACUCGAGCGCACGACCCAAGGCAUUCCCUUGGCCAUCCGCUUCGAAGAUACCUAUUUUCCCUGGCACUCCCUGCACACCAUUCUCCAAGGCCGCGCCUCGGACGUCCGCGCUCUACGCUUCAACCGGAUGGAUACGCAUGCCCUGAACCACUUUGUGCUAAUCUUCCAGUCAAUGCCGGCGCUGGAAGAGCUGUACAUGCACGUGGCUUAUGAAGACGACAAUAUGUAUCCGAUGAUACCUCUCACACAUGAAUUCUUCCCCACUCUCCAGUCGCUAUCCCUACGCGCCCUCAGAUUCUCGGCGUUCGAAAUCGUUUUCUCUCGUUUGCGCCGUCUGGUGCUGUGCGACUGCGGAUGGAUCAACUUCGCCGGUUUCUUGGAUACCCUCGAGGCGUGCACACAGCUCGAAGAGUUGGAUCUGGAGCUAUCUUUACCUGUCCUAGAUGAUUUCUUUGACGAGGAGCCGCUUCGAAUGCCCGAUGGAUCCCGUAGACCGACGGUGGCGCUGCCCUCAGUACGCACUCUGCGUCUAGCCCGAGACCCCUGUUGGAAGAGCUGCCUCGUACUGUCAUAUCUCCACUUCCCCGGCGCGAAUAACAUCACGAUCAUCGCGGACACGGGCGGUAAUGCGGAAGACCCAUCGGUGGAUGGGGCCAUCAUCAGCAUGCUGCCUCGGGACCGCCAGAUCACCUUCCCCAUCUUGAAGACAAUCACUUCGGUCGACGUUGUCGUUUCCGGUGAGGUAUACGAGAUGCACAUGAGGGGUCCUCGCGGCGCGACCGUCCUAUUGUCGCUGGACAGUGGCGAGCUAGCGUGGCAAGAGGAGGAUGCCGCCUACGCUGUCAUGGAGCUGCCCAUCAUCUGCACCGCGGCACCGAUCACCUCUUUGCACUUCACGGGAUUCUUCAACGACAACUCGAUGGAGCCGACAUUUCAAGCAUACUGGACGAUCCUCUUCAAGAUGUUCCGCUCGCUCGAGACGUUGCAUGUUACCGGGUCCGGGCUUUGUAGGUCGAUGUGGAAAGGACUCUGGGGGGUCUACAAUGUCUCCGACGAUGGAUGCUGCCCUUCCCUGCGUUCCAUCAUUCUAGACGGGAAGGGGGCUGGCGCUCUUCACCACACUUUGGAAGAAGAACUCGCGCCGGUAUGCUCGACUCUCCGCAUCCGCGCACAGUUCGGCCUACGCCUGCACACGCUCACGCUGGACCCAAUCUUACCCCACUCGAGAGACGACCUAGCCAAACAAAGUGUCUACUUCGACGAGCUCAAGGACUUGGUUGCCGAUCUCAGCUUCUUCCCGUCGCAAGUUGAAGAAGCCUCGCGCGGACAGGCGGUGCGGGACACAGCAGGGGCGAGGAUGAGGAAGGAUACCAAGUCAUAG